CCAAAACAGAGGAUACCAAAAGAGCACGGAAGAGUUUCAUCAUGGCGCCCGGGAAGCUCAGGAAACCGCAGCAAAAAGACAAGACGCUGAAGCGCAAGCGCGGACAGGAAGAGCUGUCGUCGCUUGUCUCACGGGUCGAACAACUCGACAUCAAGGAAUCGUUCAAGACCUUCUCCGAUCUCCCUCUCUCUGAACCUACGGCCUCCGGAUUGACUGCUUCGCAUUACAAGACGCUUACGGAUAUCCAAUCUCGUGCGAUUACCCAUGCGCUCAAGGGUCGGGAUAUUCUAGGUGCCGCGAAAACCGGUAGUGGCAAGACGCUUGCGUUCCUCGUCCCCGUUCUCGAGAACCUUUAUCGCAAGAAGUGGACGGAUUACGAUGGAUUGGGCGCGUUGAUUCUGUCGCCGACUCGCGAACUGGCGAUUCAGAUUUUCGAGGUCCUUCGCAAGGUCGGGCGGUUCCAUGCGUUUUCGGCGGGUUUGGUUAUUGGAGGGAAAAGUUUGCGGGAGGAACAGGAGCGGUUGGGACGGAUGAAUAUUCUUGUUUGCACACCGGGUCGGAUGUUGCAGCAUUUGGAUCAGACGGCGCUGUUUGAUACUUUCAAUCUGCAGAUGCUGGUUAUGGAUGAGGCGGAUCGUAUUUUGGAUAUGGGAUUCCAGCGCACGGUGGACGCGAUUAUCGAACAUAUCCCCAAGGAGCGACAGACCAUGCUUUUCAGUGCGACGCAGACGAGAAAGGUUUCGGAUCUGGCCCGUUUGAGUCUCCAGGAUCCUGAAUAUGUGGCUGUCCAUGAGGCAGCUUCUUCCGCUACGCCCUCGACGCUUCAGCAACACUACGUCAUCACCCCUCUUCCGCAGAAGCUGGAUGUUCUGUGGAGUUUUAUCCGGAGUAAUUUGAAAACAAAGACGAUUGUGUUCAUGUCGGCAGGGAAACAGGUGCGGUUUGUCUACGAGGCUUUCCGGCAUCUGCAGCCUGGUGUUCCGUUGAUGCAUCUUCACGGGCGGCAGAAACAGGGAGGGCGAAUGGAUAUCAUGACCAAGUUUGCGCAAGCGCAGGAGGCUGUUUUGUUUGCUACGGAUAUUGCAGCGCGUGGGUUGGAUUUCCCAGCUGUGGAUUGGGUCAUCCAGUUGGAUUGCCCGGAAGAUUCUGAUACGUAUAUCCACCGUGUUGGACGGACGGCACGGUACGAGCGCGAUGGUCGUGCUGUUAUUUUCUUGGAGCCCAGUGAGGAAGCGGGCAUGUUGAAGCGCCUCGAGCAGAAGAAGGUCAAGGUCGAACGGAUCAACGUCAAAGCCAACAAGCAACAGAGCAUCAAGGAUCAACUACAAAACAUGUGCUUCAAGGAUCCAGAGUUGAAAUACCUGGGACAAAAGGCGUUUAUCGCUUACGUGAAGUCGAUCCACCUACAGAAAGACAAGGAAGUGUUCAAGCUAAAGGAGCUUCCGCUGGAUGAAUUUGCAGGCAGUAUGGGUCUACCCGGAGCACCGCGUAUCAAGUUCAUCAAGGGAGACGACACCAAGGACCGCAAGAACGCCCCACGAGGCCUCAACCACCUAUCGAGCGACGAGAGCUCCGAAGACGAGAGCGGAGAGAAGAAGCAGAAGAAGAAGGACGAACAGCAGGUCCGCACCAAGUACGACCGGAUGUUCGAGCGACGCAACCAGGACGUUCUGGCGGGUCACUACUCGAGACUCAUCAACGACGACGGCACGGUUGUUGGUGAGAAGUCUGCUACCACUGACGCCGAUGAAGACGACGAUUUCCUUUCCGUCAAGCGCCGCUUCGAAGCCGGCGACAAGGACCUGGACGUUGGUUCCGACGAGGAGGAAGAAGAAGGAGGAGGAGAAGGCAAAGACGUCAAGGUGGUCAACGUCGACGGCCGCGACGACAAUCCCCUCGUCAUCGACUCGAAACGCCGCGAAAAACUCCUCCAAUCCAAGAAGAAACUCCUCAAAUUCAAGGGCAAGGGCACGAAACUCGUCUACGACGACGAAGGCAACGCGCACGAACUCUACGAAAUGGAAGACGAGAAGGACUUCCAGGCCCGCGGCGCCGCCAAGGACCAAAUGGCCAAGUUCCUUGCGGAGGAGGCAGAGCGCACACAACAGGCAGAUGUCCAGGACAAGGCACUGGCCAAGCAGAAGAAGCGCGAGAAGAAGGAGAAGCGCAAGGCUCGCGAGCGCGAACUCGAGGCGGAGGAAAUGGGUGUCGAGACUGGUGGGGAGCUGCCCUUCGUUGGACCCAUGGAAGACCUCGGUGGCUACAGCGACGACGACAGAGAUCAGGACGUACAGGAAGAAAAGGAGAAGCGACCAAGCAAGAAACGCGUGCAGUUUGCCGAAUCCGAGAGCGAGGAAGAGGAAGAGCCUCGACCCAAGAAGAGCAAGAAGUCCGACAAGAAGGUGGAGCCAGAAAAGGUCCAGACACUGGAGGAUUUGGAAGCGCUUGCCAGUGGAUUGCUUGGGUGAUUUGUGGUGUAUAUUGUGUUUUGUGGUGGGUUUCUUCGUAUACUUUGUUCAUGUCGAUGUCGAAUGUUUUCUAUCUGUUCGAGCGAAAAAGGGUACCUCAGCAUUGAUUGUUUUAUAGCAUUGUACAUAGAUAAAAUAAUUCGUUUACACAUUUCAUCAAGUUCAAUUCUCAGAAAAAUGAUAACCA